AAUUGCACCUGCUUCCAUCUGUUCAACGUGUGGCAUCGACGGCAGACGAGUCACACAAUUGAAUAUUUUAUCAAACAAAAGGCAACGCCUGUUCUGUCUGCUGCUCCUCGGUGUGACAUUUGUCACACGUCAGAGGGGCCUCCUGGAUCACUUCCUUUGCAAGAACAUGUAACUCCUCUGACCGCUUUCGACAGGAAAUAACCUUCUUACUUCUUGCAGCUGUUCCGUUUUCACUCAGCUUUGGAGAUGAUGGUGCGGAUGGCUGCUGCCUCUUCAGUUGUCCUUUUCCUGCUCUGCAGCUGCUUCCUUGCCUCCACAGAUUCCAAGGAUGACUGUGACGCCUACGGCGCCAUCGGUGGCAGCUUCACCGUGCCUCUGCACCACCAGCUGCAAACAUCAGAAAACUUGCGAUGGAGGCACAACAAGACGAAGAUAUUCGAUCAAAGACGGAACGGGGAGAUUUCCACCGGGAAGCCAGACGAUAUUCAUGAAAACGGAUCCCUGAAACUUGUCAACAUGAGGAGAAGUAGUUCGGGCGCAUACAUGCCAGAAGUUUAUGGUACCAGCGGAAGAUCGAUGACGGCUCAGAAAAGCCUGUUUUUGUGUUUGCUGGAUCCCGUCUCCAAGCCCGUAUUGAAAGUGGAAUGUGAUUCGUCAGGCAACGUGAAAUUCACGUGCACGGCUGCUCAGACCCGCGAUGCCACCCUUGAGUGGUUUGAAAAUGACAAAGUUUUGCCAAAGGAAGGCAAGUGGACUCUCCUGCGUGUUGCCGAGGAGGUCACAAACAGUUUGUUCAAAUGCAAAGUUUCCAACCGUGUUAGCUCCAGAAGCAGCGACGGUCGUGCACAAAACUGCACUGAAUCAAGUGAGUAUGAUCCACAAUGCUGCUCUUACUGGGUUUGGGGUUUGGCUCUGUGCUGCUAUAAUGCCUUCCUUUCUCACACUGGCUUCAUUCAAGGCUCAUCUAUCUUCCCGAAAGAAUUAUUUGGCCUGGAUUUUAGGAUCAUGGUGAGCAUCCUGGGCGGCAUGGGAGGCCUUGCUCUGCUGUUGAUUAUCAUCUUAAUCGUUUGCUGCGUCCGAGGCGUACGAGAAAAAAGGAAACAAAUUCAAGAGGAGGAGGAGCUUCGUUUGGGGUGGACCAAUCGUGAACUACAGCGGCCUCAGUGUCAUCAGCAUCAGCCAGCUGGCCACACCGGACCUCGACAGCAGCACCGCAAAAAACGCGGCGUGCCGCAGCAUCCCAGAAGCCAGCCGCAGUCCAGCCCCAAGAGACUGGCACAGGCCUCCAGACCAACAACCAACGACGAGCAGCCUCCUCCUAUUCCUCAGCCCAGGAAGAAGGUCGCGGGGGCAGCAGUCUCAGUAGGGAAGCCCAGACUUCCCGGUCCCCGACCACCUCCUCCAGCUCCACCGGGAGGACACCAAGGCGUUCCCAGGCCAGCUGUGAGACAUAAUCCUUCCCCGGGGCCUUCUCCCGGCUGGGCAUGCCCGAAACACCUCACUAGGGAUGCCCGAGCCACCUCAGCUGGCUCCUCUCAAUGUGAAGGAGCAGCGGCUCUACUCUGAGCUCCUCCCGGAUAACCGAGCUCCUCACCCUAUCUCUUAGGGUGAGUCCCGCUACCCUACGAAGAAAACUCAUUUCAGCCGCUUGUAUCCGCGAUCUCGUUCUUUCGGUCAUGACCCAAAGCUCAUGACCAUAGGUGAGGGUGGGAACAUAGAUUGAACGGUAAAUUGAGAGCUUUGCCUUCCGGCUCAGCUCUCUCUUCACCACGACGGUCCGGUACAGCGACCCCAUUACUGCAGACGCUGCGCCGAUCCGCCUAUCGACCUCACGCUCCAACCUUCCCUCACUCGUGAACAAGACCCCGAGAUACUUGAACUCCUCCACCUGGGGCAGGACCUCAUUCCCAACCCGGAGGGAGCAAUCCACCCUUUUCCGACUGAGAACCAUGGCCUCGGAUUUGGAGGUGCUGAGUCUCAUCCCAGAAGCUUCACACUCAGAUGCAAACCGUCCCAGUAAACGCUCCAGGUCACAGCCCGAUGAGGCCAUCAGGGCCACAUCGUCUGCAAAUAGCAGAGAUGAGAUCCUAGUUCCCCCGAACUGGACUCCCUCGACACCUUGGCUGCGCCUAGAAAUUCUGUCCAUGAAAAUUAUAAACAGAAUUGGUGACAAAAGGCAGCCUUGGCGGAGGCCAACAUUCACCGGAAACAGGCUUGACUUACUACUGGCAAUGCGAACCAGGCUCCUGCUCCGGUUGUACAAGGACUGAAUGGCACGUAGUAGCACACCACCAAUCCCAUACUCCCGGAGCACCCCCCACAGGACACCGCGAGGGACACGGUCGAAUGCCUUUUCCAGGUCCACAAAGCACAUGUAGACCGGUUGGGCAAACUCCCAAGUACCCUCCAGGACCCUUGCAAGGGUGUAGAGCUGGUCCAGUGUUUCGCGACCAGGACGAAAACCACAUUGCACCUCCUGUAGCCGAGGUUCGAUUAACGGUCGUACCCUUCUCUCCAGCACCCUGGAAUAAACUUUCCCAGGGAGGCUGAGGAGUGUGAUCCCCCUAUAGCACACCCUCCGCUCACCCUUCUUGAAAAGGGGGACCACCACCUCAGUCUGCCAAUCCAGAGGUACUGUUCCCGACUUCAAUGUUGAAGAGACGUGUCAGCCAAGACAGUCCCGCAACAUCCAGAGCCUUGAGGAAUUCAGGGCAAAACUCGUCCACCCCCGGAGCUUUGCCAUUGGGGAGCAUUUUGACUACCCCAGAUACCUCAGCCACGGUGUUGGAACUUAUACAGUUAUAUAUGUGCUAAAAAGAUAUAUAUGUGCUAUAAAGUUAUAA